UACCAGUGGCGUCGCAGAGCGUCUUUACUUUGCAUCGCAUAAUUCCUCCGUCUUUUCUUAUUGAUUUUUCCUACACUCGAAUAGCUACACUACACAUGCAAAUGAUCAUCCCUUUUAGUCCGACUAAAUCUUUAUGACAUCAUUUGGAAGACACUUCCUUUGAAUCAAUUGCGGGCCUUCGUGCGCAUGCGCGAGCAUCCCAUCAAAAACAUCUCCUCGCCUUGAUCCGUUUCGAAUACGACCAAUUCCGACUAUAGGUAUCGGAUGAUGACAUCCGGAGGUAUGAUGCAGGCUGCGACGCUCUUGCUGGCGGCCCAGCUCGUCUUGUGCCACGGUGUUGCCGCCGAUGCAGACCGGGAAAGCGGGACUGUCAUCCCCGCAGAAAGUCGCCCGUGCGUCGACUGCCACGCGUUCGAGUUCAUGCAGAGGGCCCUGCAGGACCUGAAGAAGACCGCUUUCAAUCUAGACGCCAGGACGGAGACGCUGGUGCUGAGGGCGGAGAGAAGAGCUCUUUGCGACUGCGCGCCCAGUUUGCUCCGCUGAAGACUCCACUAAUGUAUUGAGGUUUUCAGCGCCAUUGAUUGGACGUCCAUCGCCGUCAAUGGCACUGAAACACUACGAUUCACUGGGCUUUCCUUAGCACAGCACUGUAGCAUGAAUUCACAGCACCUUUUUGUAAACGUAGAGUGCAUGUAUAGAUUUUCAAGUGACGUCAGUAUCGAUAUGUGGCGUUUUAAAUAUAAUAGUGUGAAGAAUAUGUAUGGGAGGGGCAAAAAUAAAAUGUGGAUUUACUGUUUUUCCUCGAUUGUUCUGUGUUUAUGUAACAAUGUCGUCGUAAAUUUAUCUGUAUAAAUUCCAUUUAAAACGAGAAAUACAUUCGGUAUUUGGAUUUUUAAAUUUGUGUUACAAAAAAAAACUUAACAUUCUUAUUAAAAAGUAUUCUAUUUGAAAAUAGCCAAAAACAAAAAGGAUAAAGCGGCAUUCUUUACGUUUUCAUAUUAAUAUCAGGGCCGGGCCCAGCCUAUACACAGACUAUGCAGCUGCUUAGGGCCCCUGACCACCAGGAGGCCCCUAAUCUGGCAAUUGUUUAAUUUGUGUUCUAUUUUGUUUACUACGGUUUGCUUUAUUUGACUUUUUUGAGUUU